AGCGGGACGGCGGGGGAAAGAUGGCGGGCAGCUGGCCGGGCCUGAAGACCGACUGCGAGGCGCUCCUCACCGCCUUCCAGGCAACCGACAACGUCCGCUUCGAGGUCUUCGCCUCGCUGUGGAGGCAGCGCCGCUUCCACACCAUCUUCUAUGGGAGAAUAAGAGUUCCGGAGCAGAACAAGUUCACCGGAGACUCCCUGGCUCUCGUCUGGCCGUACUUCUUGCCUCCUUACGCUUUCCAAAUCCGAGUCGGCGCUCUUUAUCUCCUCUACGGGUUGUACAACAUGCAGCUUUGUAAGCCGAAACAGAAGAUCCGAGUCGCGCUCAAAGAUUGGUCUGAAGUCAUGAACUUCCAACAGGAGCUGUUAAACGCGCAUCAUUAUGACGCGGCUUAUGUUUUCAGGAAGCUCCGCCUGGACAGAGCAUUCUACUUCACGGCGAUGCCAAAGCUGCUUAAUUUUAGGGCCAAGAAGGCAUCGCAAGAUACAGCUGAGAUAAGGAAGGAAUUUAAGGACCCGAGUGACCGAGUCACCAUGCUCGCGACCGAGGACGUCUUAGAGGAACUUGAAAAUGUCCAUCAGCACUACCAGAAAAUGAAGUGCCUGAUCUCCAUGGACAAAUCCCGGCCGGACAAGGCUCUUGAUCUGAUAAAAGAUGACUUUGUAGUCAGUUUCAACAAUAUGAUCCUGGAGCAUCAGCAGUGGCAGAAGGACAGGCUGGAGCCAUCCUUAAUGGGCAGGAGGAAAGAAGCGACCAAUGAAAAGACCAGUGACAAAGAAGGAACUUCUCAGGAGUCAGAGGCAUCGGAAAGAGUCAGAAUCUUAGCCUGCAUCAAAGCCAAGUCUUACUCUUCAGUUGCUCAGGUUUCCAAAUCGAGGCGGCAUCGUCAAGUUACGCUGGAGUCCGCUGCGCCGGGUUCAGAUCACAGAAUAACUAAAUCGCCUAGAGCGGAAAAAACCAACACGAAAUUACAACCAGUGACGAAGCGAGAAUCUCUGCAAAACACAGAAACAUCGCAAGCGAUAAAGAAAAGACUGAGUAUGCCUGUGAUUGAGCAUGGCCCCCCACCUGGAUCUAUGCCUGUGAUCACAGAGGAUGAGCAUGAAGAUGAUGAUGAUGAUGAUGAUGAUGAUGAUGAUGAUGAAGAAAGCGAUGAUUCCAGGGAUGAGGACUUCCUCCCCGCUAAGAGGAAAAGGGUUCUUUAACGGGUCAUCCAAACGGAAAAACAGUUUUUGACUGAACUGCACACGUUGCCAGUGGAAGGGGCAAAGGCGGCCUGGCACCCAUCUUAAAAAGAGGAAACGCCAAUUCCCGUGUUAACAAGGCACAAAGCAACAACAGUCUCUAUGGAAAGAGAGCUUAAAUGAAGGACUAUAUACUACGUGUGUCUUGCAGCGCAACAGAAGGAUAUCUACUUCAGGAGGGAUAUUGCGCUUCUGUACCUUGAUACUUGCUGGCGAGUUGUUCUCAUGUGCAUAUGUAAACGUGUACAGAUGCCUCAUCUUUAGAGUAGAUUUUUGAUAGAACGCUUUCCCCCCCCAAAUCCUUUCAC